AUGAACAGUCUCCGCGCCGACUCCCUCCGGGAGUUUGACGAGUACCCCCUCGCCUCCGACUCGCACGAGAGGCGAGUCCUCUACUUCUUCUUCCGCGGCCUCGAGGAAAUGGCCAUUGCGCAGUACGACCGCAUGGCGGUGUACAUGGCGUUUGGGGAGACAAUCUUCCCGGAGGAGCAGGCGGAGCUCGACGUGCUGGCCGCGGAGCUGGACGUCUUGAUUGCUGCGGUGCAUUGGGCCGGGAGGGCGUAUGGCGGAGAUGCGUAUACGCCGGAGGACGAGGGGGAUUUGAUGGAUACCAGUGCUUGA